GAAUGAACAUACAUGGCAGUUUUCGUGAUCUUUAUUUUAAGACACAACAGGCCAUGAAAACGAGGGAAACCUUUAAUAAUGCCGUUCCAGCUUUGAGGCAAUAAGCAAUGUCACAAAGAAUGACCUAGCAGAUUUUUUGGAACAAAAGUAAGCAGAUGUGUUGAAAGAAAAGAAGCCGUUUACGUCAACAAGGAAAUUAAUAUUUUUUUUACAAAGAAAGUUUGACACUUCAACUAUUCCUCUACAUUAUGGCAAUAGGAGGGAGCAAUAAAGGAGCAGCAUUCUUUAUGUUAAACGUCGGUGUUCCUGAUGGGACGUCUUCAAUAAAAUUUCCAUACCGACACGGUGCAAAGAAAGACCAAAAUAACAUUUCGUCCGUGUUUAUUCAUCAACUCGGCUUUGAACUUAAAAACACACAGAAAACUGAAAACUUCUAUAGAAAUGAGUGGGAUCACAGAUACAAUCAAGGCAAACGCGCAUGCGUUCGGGGAUCACCUUGCAUGGUGUGCCUGAUAAAGAACACUGAUUACAGUAAUUAUGGAUAUGUAGUUUUUCACGUCAGUUCCGAUGGAUAUUGUGAUUUGAACGAUGGUUUGAAAAUCCAAUGCCUGAGUGACAGCGUUGAGGAAUACAUCACCCUGAAGGAAAUCGUCGAUGCCUUCAGUGAUGAAAACUGUCCUGGUCUUAAAGACAAAACACGUAUUCUUAUAAUACAGGCGUGUCGAUACAACCCGAGGAAUCCGACAGAUUUAUCCGAUGACGCGGGCGUCAAUGUCGAGAUGGUAUCUACACCCGAUUUUUUUACUGGACAACCAGAGAAAGGUAUUACCCAAAAUAACCCAUCUCGAAUACCCAGCGACUUAGAUCCGAUAGACAUACCAACGAAUUUCCUGAUCAUUUAUUCCACCACAUCACACAGAUUUGCAAAACGAAACACAGUGACCGGAUCGUGGUUUGAAGACGAGCUGAAGAAAGUAGUGGACGCUUUCCCAGUAGACCGUCCAAUGUAUUUCUUGCAAGUCCUUACAGAAACAGCAUCCAACGUUGCUAAGAGGGAAUCCGAUCCUGGUGGCAAAAAGAACGUGCCUUGCUAUGAACAUCGUCUAACUAACUCAAUAAUCUUUCGUAAAUGUUAAGAGAUAAAAUGGUUUGUUUUUAUCAUUACUCAGCAUUGAUGUACACGAAACGAGACAUUUAAAAUGCUCAAAUAAUUACAACAGUUUAGAUUCCAUCAUCCCACAUAAUGAUGGAGACUCGGAGAUAAAACCAAUUGCAUCGUCAGGUAUUUAUAAUUGUAGAAAACGCUUUUCCACAGUUAUCAUCAUGGUAUGGAGAGAAACGCUAUAAAUUCAACGUCGAUGUCCAAUGAUUGCUGACAUGACUGACACGUUAUACAUAUAGGAAUAAGUUAACCCCCGAGUAUGAAGACAAAUAAUUAAAUUCUAUUGAAACAAAGUCAUUUCACACGUUUAAUACUGCUAUAAAUUCAUUUUAACAUUUUCCCUAUAAAUAACUCCGAAUUUAUUGAAUUUACUAUCAAAAGUAUCUACUGCAAAUUUUCAAAUUCUACUUUACUAUCAACACCCUGCAAUAGAGUCAGGAACUAGUGUUCCUUUUCGACAGUUUUAUCAAUCUUGUGUUAUUUAAACAGUUUAAACGUGAUAGGACGAGAUUACUUAUUCGUAUCAUUAACAGUAUAUUGAGUGAUCGCCCUUGAAUACACCCCAUGAUGCUUUAUGUCUAUCCGCCAAUAAUAUCUAUAAUGUAAACAGUGAUAAUAAAUAUGAGAUGUAUUAUUACAGCAACAAUGACAGCAGCUGAUGCUCGCGGGGCCGCCGUUCUUAUAAACAAUAUUGGGGUGCCAGGCAGUCCUUCCUCAACAGCCUUCACAUUCCGAAAUGGUGGCGAAAAUGACCAAGCAAACAUGGCGUCAGUCAUCAAACAGUUGGGAUUUGAUUGGCUUAUCAAAGAGAAUAGCACAAACCUGUACCGCAAUCAAUGGAAUCACAAACACAACCCCAUGGGGCAGCAAUGCUCUCCAAAAUCUCCGAAUUGCAUGGUUUGUUUUAUCAAGGAGAUGGAUUUCAGUAGCUACACGUAUUUUCUUCUGCAUAUAAGCUCACACGGGUUUAAUCCCGAUCGCGGGCUUUUGAUCCAAUUUCUCAGCGAUGACAAGCCGGAAUUCGUCGCCAUUGAGGAGAUUGUCGAAGCUCUGAAUGACAAAAACUGCCCAAGUCUUAAAGGGAAAACUAGAAUUCUUAUCAUACAAGCGUGCCGACAAACGAACAUUCCAAGCGACGCAAUUGAGGACGCUGGUGUCACUAUCGAGGUGGCAGUUCCUGCAGGCCAGGCGAUCAGAGGAGUUGAAGACGAGAUGGCCUAUACUCCCAUGGAUUACUCGAUACUUCCAGGUCCAAUCUUUAGUGGAGUUGAAGACGAGAUGGUCCAUACUCCCAUGGAUGACUCGAUACUUCCAGGUCCAUUCUUGAGUGGAAAUGUUGAUCUUCCACCUGGGCAAAGAUGGAUGAGUGUCGGAAGCGAUGAAAACAAUGCCGAAGUAAUACCAGAUAUCAAGCAACAAUCUAAGUUCAGCCUUUUAAAAGUUCCGAAGAAUUUCCUGAUUGUAUAUGCAACGACAGACAACAGGUUUUCGAAGAUUGAUACUGUCAAAGGAUCUUGGUUUGAGACAGCUUUAAAAAAGGUUGUCGACGGUCUUGAUGUUGGACAACGAGUGGAUCUACUCAAAAUCUUGACCAAGACUGCAUCUAUUGUUGCCGCUAGAGACUCUACAGUUAACACGCCAACUGGAGCAAUCGAUUUAAGCCAGUCUUUCAAGAAAAAUGUUUGUUGUCUUGAACACUGUCUUACUGAGCGGGUUAGUGUAUGCAAGGUUACCGAAGCAGAGCUACGUCCAAAUGAAUUUUGAAAAAGUGGUAUUGGUAUUUAGAGAAAAAGCUACGGACUUAAAUACAAAAUCUAACAUGGAUUUGUUUGUCAAGACUUUAAUAUUAACGAUGUUAUUUUGUGUGUUUUGCGUUGCAGUUUAUCAUUUUCAGUUGUAACACUUUUUAAAUCUUGAUGUGAUCUUUCAACAAGUGAUCACUGUUAAUUUCAUUCUCCAAAAGAGUUAAUAAUCGCUGAAAUGUUUACGCAUGAGCCGCCUCUAAUUUCGUUUUAGCAAGUUAAUGAAUGUAUUUGGAAUACAUUAACUUCGAACUUUUCCAACAAUGGCGUCCCAGAUUAUCCAGUGCAAUCCACACACGCCAAUCUGGGUUAACACAUUUUGCCUAAACUGGAUUGUUGUUUAGAAGAGACCCAUAAAAAGUUAAAAACGAACACUUCCAAUCAAGCGGAGAGUGUCGUCCCUGAUAAGCUUGUGUGGACUGCACAGGGCAAUCUGUGAAGACACAUUACAUAGACACAUUUAGCCCAGUUUUCCUAGAGCGAGGCUUACAUUAAUAAAUACUGGAUAUACGCUUUGAAAUCCAAAAACGCUUGAUAUACAGGCAAUAAACUUAAUGUAUAUAUUAUUUUUUAUUUUAAAUUGACGGAACAUUUUUUCUUCGUGUUGACUCUUCAUGUAUUUUUUAUCUCCUCCUACACUAUUAGCACUAGAAACUUACACACAUGGUAGCUAUGAGCAUAUGUACGACAGUGCACUAUUUGGAAUUUUGAUCUGACCCCUGGGUCAAAAGUUAUUGGGGUUGGGGUGAGACCGGGUCAGAGAUUUUCACUCAUUUUACUAACAACAUGCGGCGUGGGGAUACGCGUCGGAUUCUGCCGCGCCAUUUCUUGUUUACAUUUGUGUAUUAAACGAAUAAUCGAAGGACUAAAUGUUAGGUUUCAAACAUUGUAGCAAGAGGUUCAGUCUCAUAAUAUCGGAAAUCAUGAUAAUGAAAUGUACUACGGAUCAAAGGAAGUAAUAAGAUAAACAAUAUACACGCAUUAUAAAAUUAAUUAAUUUAUUACAAUAAAACAACAACACAAUGGUAACAGAUAUAAAGAUAUUUCAAAGUUUAUGCCAAUUGCUUUAAUAACUGAAGUUUAAUUGUAUUGUAAUGUAUUUAUUUAAUAAAAUUAUCAAAUAUGAUGGAAUUUUGUCACGUUAUUUUCGUUGUUGUGAGCGUCUUUUCCUAUAUAUAAUAAUGCGAAAUGUCAUGAUAUAAAACAGUUUUACCAAUGUUUAAUAUGCAAUACAUAAUAUUUGCAAAAUAUGAUGAAACAUAUUGAUAGACAUGUGUUUACAUUGUAAGCGAUAAAAGAGUAUUAACACAAUCUUGAAAUGUGAUAAUGUACCAAUAAUACAUCAGAUUUGUUAUUUUAUGAUGGAAACAUGCAAAAGUGAAUGAACGUGAUGAGGAUUAAUUGUUUUUAAAUAAUUUAGGAAUUGAAUUUUAGAUGAAUUUCAAAAUAGUCGUUUAAAGAAACAUUUUAAAUGAACAUGAAUUUCAAAGGGAAUUAAAAUACUAGUAUGCAAUAACAAUAACAUUCGAUGAUGUUUUUGUUGUUAUUAAAUAAGUUUAAUGAUGUCGGUAUACACAACAUAAUAUUCAGCAAUUUUCUAAGAUGAAAGUACUGUGGAAUACAUAGAAUUGUUAUUGUUUACACGGUUCUUUAAUGUAUAUUGUUUUACAUAUAGCUAUUAAUCAAAUAUUGAUAAAUAUGUAAAUACACAGCAGCAGUAAAUAAUGAUUUUUCA